UUGUAUUUUAAAUAUUUCAUUUUAAUUGACUGAAUUCAAUCAUUACUUUGUACUCGAUCAAGAAAAAAAGGCCUUAUUCAAUUUCCUAGCGAGAAACUCCGUUUGCAUCAUUAACUUAAAUGGCCUUUGAUGCUAUUGUGUCGUCCAAUGUGUUCCGCGAUAUCGUGAACUCCAAUAUGUCAACACGCGCCAAAGAAUACAAUCAACCAUAAUAAUUACUGCGCAUGCGAUUCAAAUGCUUCACGAGACACUUUAUUGAUCUUGCUUCUUACUGAGACGCGUAGACGAAGGAAAUACCACCGUGUUUUGUGCGAAAAAGUGAAUCUGCGCUUUCAUUGUUCUUAUUCUCGAGGUUUAUCCGAAUAGCUUCACAGGAGCUACGGGCUUGCAGGAUCAAGAAGCAACAGUACAUCCAAAGUCUUCUCUCAGUAUAUCUCCUUGCUCUUUGCUUCUUGCUUUCUUCUAGAACCCGCAAGACGAGAAUAUUUGCAGUGCAUAUUGCGCAUCACGCCAGCUUUAAAGACAUCAAUUUCAAUCUCGAGUUCCUCAAAUACUCUCAAUCGUCUCACAAUAUCGCUGCUAAGAUAGCAAGUUUACAACAAAUUAGCAAAUAAUGUCUACAAGACGCACUACUCGAGCUGGUAGCCGCACUGCUACUAGUGUUUCCGGAUCUAAUGCUGUUGGUCCUGAAGAUAUACCAGCAUCUCGAACACCAGGUAGAGGACGUCCUAGGAAAUCGGCUGGCUCAGUCAUUGGUUCUGAACGCGGCGCUGGUCCCCCUCCCGUGGCAGCUUCUACAAGUACUGCGUACGGUACAAAUACACUCGCACUCCCAAAUUAUGGUCCAAGAGCGGCCCCAUUGGCCAACGAUAUCUCUUCUGUCAUUGAAGGUCUCUUAGAGCCAGAAUCUUCUAGCAAGGGAACCAAACCUAGAGCAAAUUCCCCCGAGGAGCCAAUUCCUGAUGUUGAUGCUCGUCCUGCCAAACCAGUUCCUCAUGCUCCUGCUCACAUUCCUUCUAUGCGCUCGAGGACUGGACCUGUUAAACGACGACUUCCUCCAAGUGCCAAUCGAAAUUUCCAGAAUGAAAGCCAAUUGUACGACAAUGCUAGCAUUAUGUCUGAUUCAUACCAACAGCAAGACUACGAUUUUCAUAUCUCGACCCCCUUGGAUGAAGACGAGCUAAACCGUCGUACUGCAUUACGAGAUAUCAUGGAAGAACAACAAUACAUGCGAGGUGGUGCUCGUACUGGGCCAAUAUUAGAGCUUAGGGAUGGAAUUGUUGUUGAUGUCGGACAAGGUUUAAGAUGGCCAUUCAGGUUUUUUGCAAGGCUUACAAAGGGCCUCUUAAAUCUUUUUGGCGAUAUUACCAAGUCUUUAAUACCGAUAUUUCUUCUUGGCCUCAUUGCCUUCAUUGCAUGGACUAUCUUUUUGAAUAGUGGCGAGCCUAGCCUUCGUUGGUAUGGCACCGAUAUGUCGUCGAACAUUGGACAGUUCAUCCCAUCACAAAUUAAACAUCCCACUAGAAUAUUCGCCCCAGAGGACCUGAAGGAAGUUUACCGCCGUUUGGAUGCUGCGGAAGCUGAUAUAACGUUCCUCAAGCAUCGUUCUUCAAUCGACAAAAAUGCUCUGGAAGAAAUCCAGAAACUGCUUCCGGAUUUCCUUGUUCUUGAAAAGGACCAUGCUGGAAAACCAGCUCUUCCUGCAAAACUUUGGCAAGCUAUGCGAGACAAGAUUCGAAGUGAUCCAACUCUCAUUCCGGAGCCUGUCUAUGUUACUCCCGAUGGUUCUUCUGAUGGUUCUCAUGAUGGUUCUCCCGAUGGUCCUUCAAUUUCUCCCUCUCCAUCUGAUACUCGCAGUACUGAAGGCUUCAAUACCAAGCAAUUUGAUCGAUGGCUUGAAAGUAAUAGAGUUAAGAUUCAGGGCUGGGCUGGCUCUGAAUUUGACGGUCGUCAUCAAACUCGAAUACAACAACUUAUCAAAGAUGGUAAGAUUGCCUCGAGAGAUGGUGUCAUCGAAUUGAUCAAGAACGAAUGGAAAGAUAAGGCAGCAGAGGUUAAGUUGGAGCUUCAAAAAUACAUCACAGAUUUGGAAGACAAGGUCACAAAGCUUGGGAAGAAUGCUCUCACCGUUGAGCAAGUAAGAGCAAUUGCUACUAGAAUUAGCACAGCUCAAAUCGAAGCUAUGUCAGACGCAAAUGUCAACCAAAGGGGUGAUCGACCCCUUCGACGUAUGGACCAUUUCGCCAAACGAUCCCAUUCUGCUGUCAUUCCUCGUCUCACCUCGCCUUCUUACCGUUUUCCACAUAUGGAUUUUGGAUUUGUUCACAGAAGUAUUGCCUUGAUCUUCAAUCAACCCAUCCCCCUCCCCAAUUCCGCCGAUGCAGCUCUUACCGCGUGGGAUGAAAUUGGCGAUUGUUGGUGCUCACCACAACAAAAUGGUAACGGCCCUACACUUGGUGUCGUAACGGCUAAUCAUAUCUGGCCUGACCAAGUCGUUGUGGAACACUUCCCUCAAACCGGUUACGCCAAUUCAGGUCUCUCACCCCUCUCGGCACCAAGCCACAUGGAACUUCUCGCCUAUAUCCCUCAUACCCCUACUUUCACAAAAAUCAAAGUACGCUCUGAUGAUGUCUUCCCGGAAGCAAAUUACGAUGAUCUUGAAUCUGGCUGGGUAAAGCUGGGCGAUUGGACAUAUGAUGCUUAUGGUGCAAGCACUCAAGCUUUUUCGCUACAAGUAGAUCUUAGGGAUUUUGUCACCGAAUCGGAUGAUAACAUCAAGAACGAUACUUCUGCUAGUAAUAAAUUCUUGAUCAGAAGUAAGGGGAAUCAUGGCGAUGGUAAGGUGCCUUAUACUUGUCUUUAUAGACUUAGGUUACAUGGAGAUGUGAGACCAAAUGAAAAUACUAUUUACGCGGGGAUUAGUGAAGAUUGAGGUGGAGGAUGCAUAAAUUCAUCGGGCGUUUUUUUUUCUUCCCUUAAUCGAAUUUUGAUUUGCUUUUGUUUGGCGAGGGCUUUACCUUAACUUGGGAAGGGGUGUAUAUGGUAUGGUAUGGUGUAAAAUGGGAAUGGAUGGAAUGGGUGGGAUGACACUGGACUGGGAAGGAAAAUCUUACGUUCCGCGCAAUCACUUAUAUUAUGAACAAAGCUGGAUUGUACGGACAUGGAGUGGCAUCUUGGACACUUUGGGAUGGAGAUUGGCGUAUGAGGAUCCAUCCAUCCAUACAUACAUACAUACCCCUUGAUUUAGGGUGUGCACACACUGUACUUACUAUUAAAUGGAACUUCGUACCUGUCUGUCUGUCUGUCUGUCUGUUUGUGUGUUUGUGUGUUUGUGUGUUUGGUAUG